CGCCCGGUCCUGUAACAUAUCGUGAAUAAUUAAAUCAAUUUUACGGAAAAAAGUGACUCGAUCCGAUUUAAUUUUUCAAACUACACCGUUUACCGAUACACGUGUCUUUUCAAAACAACUUCCGCGUAUAACCACGUGCAAUAUGGUUGUUGAUAGUUGUGUGAAAUGCCAGAUUCAAUUCUGAAAUCUACAGGAGGACUCAAAAUUCACAGUGUUUCAGUUGAUGGAGAGAAGUACGGCGAACGAUUCGACUCGGGUCACGUCGAUUCUGGCUUUUUGUCUGGGACUAAUUUAACCGUCAGUGGAGGCGAUCUGGAGAUCGACAGCGCUUCGUCGAUACAGCUCCCUGUCACCCAAGAACCAAUGGUGGUGGGCGACAGCGGCGUCGACCUCGGUCUCAGCGACGACCUCAGCCUGCUGUCGUUGAAAACCCAAAACUGCAACCGCUUCGGAGGCAAGGUCCAGGCCGAACCUAUAGAACUCACACCUGUAACAACGCAGCUUUCUCAACAGCAGCAACAUCAGCAGCCUACUUGCGUCAAAUCAGGUCCAUCCAUCGCCAACAUUCCCUACAGGCAAGUGCAGCACAAGCAGCAUGAUUGGACGGCUUUCUACAUGGAGCAGGACGACGACGGCGACACACACCUGCACAACGCUAUAUGCCAGAGUUUUCUGGAGGUGGCGUUACCGCUGAUUAAAAUGGCGCCGCAUCCCUGUCUCCUGGAUAUUCUCAAUGAUCAGCAUCUGUCGCCGCUGCAUGUAGCGGUGUUGACUCGCCAGGCUAGAAUUGUUAGGAGUUUGGUUCUCGCGGGGGCUAAUCCAGCCCUCAGAGAUAUGAAUGGCAACACGCCUCUUCAUCUUGCCUGCACUUCGGGAGACUUGACCUGUGCGAGAGCAUUGACCGACCCUCUAUCGUCGUCCGAGAAGAGAAGCGCACCACCUGGAGGACCUGCACCUGCGAUACCUCAGGACCUUGAGCAAAGAAACUAUCAAGGACAAACUUGUCUCCACGCGGCGGUGAUCGGAGGCCACGUUGAACUGGUUAGACUUCUCCUGCGGAACGGGGCCGAUUUGGAGGCUGGUGAAUGGCUCGCUGGAAGGACGGCGCUUCAUUUGGCGAUCGAGCGACAUCGGACAUCGGUGACGAAGUUUCUACUCCAGGAGUGCGCCCCGUGUCUCGACGCCCUUACUUACGCCGGUAUAACCGCCUACCAAAUAGCGGCUUGCGGCGACCUCGAGCUUGCGAGGGAGCUUGUAAGGCUUGGAGCGAAACCGCAACCGCCUCCAGAGUCGGACUCCGAGGAUGACAGCGACUCGGACAUGAACGAUGACUCCGAGGACGAGGGAGAUUCGAAGAGCCCCGUCUACAACGUCAACAACGUAAACCACACGUGGCAAGGCGCCGGGCUUAGAACCUAGGGAAGAAGAAGACCGGGAAUCCGGACGCGACGUCUCGCUUCCCUAUCGUUCCUCAUCGCAAUCGCUCCGGACAUUCUUUGGAGAUGGAACUGAACGCCCUCGAGGGCUGCGGCGAGUCCUUACCGCGGACAAUCUGUCCGAGGAUGCAGGGAACGAUUCCCUGAUAACAGAUGGAUCUAUGGGAAACAUUGGAACGACACGUUUUUUACCGUCGACGAUAUAUAUAUACUAUAUGUAUAUAUAGUAUAUAUAUAUAUGUGUGUGUAUGUAUUUUAAAAAAAUUCGAACGACAUGUUUUUUACCGUCGACGAUAUAUAUAUAUAUAUAUAUUAUAUGUAUAUAUAUAUAUAUAUAUAUAUAUGCGUGUGUGUGUGUAUGUAUUCUACAAAAAUUUGAACGAAACGACAAUGUUAAUGAAAUGACGAGAUGAAACGAAACAUAUCUGUUAAAUGGAAUAAAUCGAAGAGGUUCGCGCGUACCGGAUAAUCCCCAAUGUAUGAAGUUGAAGUUAGUAACGUUAGCCUAUCCAAACUUUGUAAGAAAAAUGACUAUUUUGCACUUUUGGAAUAACUCAAGAAGUUGAAUUUACAAAAUCUGUGUUUGUUGAUGAUUUAUUAACGGUUUGCCGAACUUUAGGUAAUUUUAAAAUUGCAAAAUAACGAGUUUCUUCCGACCCCAAAGCAUCUGUCGACUCGAUUAUCGUUGAAUUUUAUUUAAUGCCUAUUAUUGAAAUGUGUAUAGUUGAAUAAUUGUAAGCGAUCCUACGGACGAUUUCGUUUUCUCUUAUACCGGUUUAUCGUCUUUUUUGUGUCACUUUUCCUACGUCUUUUCGCUUUCUUAAAUUCGCUUUUUCGUCAAUUUCUACGAGUACGGAUCGAAUGUUGUAUAUUAGUUGGGAGAUUAUUCCGUACACCGGCAAUAAUUGCUCUGAUAAAAGGAGAUAUUCGAGUCAAGUUUGCGAUAAACCUUCACGCUUGUGACCUCUUCAACAAUUCUGGAUCGAACAAUCGGUGUAUAAAUAUCUAUAUAUACAUAAAUAGAUACGUAAAAUGGCGUUAUAGAUAUAAUAUGAUAGAUGAAUUCAAUAUCGUUUCGAAAUACGAUUUUAAAGAAACAGAAAGAAAUAUAUUAUAUUGUGAAACGAAACAAAUUAAUAACACACGGUUCAAUAUACCUAAAUGUAUAGUAUAAAGCGAAUAUUGAGAGAGAGACUAUAGCGUGACUACAAAAAUUAAUUAUCAUUUAUUUAUAUUGCUAUUAUUAUAUUACGAAUAUUAUUAUAUGUAAAAUAUCUUAUAUAUAUAGGCGAGGUAUGAGCCCCAUUAUAGGCUAAGCCCUGCAUCAAAAUAUACUAUAGAUUAACUUAUUAUAGUUAAUUGUUGUAUAAACAAUCCUCGUGACGGAAAGAUAAUUUCCCUGUACCUAUCUAGACGUACCUCUCUCUGAAUCUUUUCAUCCCUUUAUAUCUGUAUGCAAAAUUUUUCACGUGUUAAAAACUCUCCUCGGUAUUGUACAUAGCCACGUUUUACCCUAUUAGUAAAUUAGCUAACAAAUUAUUAAUUAUAACUUAUGUUAUACUUUUAUUAUUAUUAUUGCUUUAGUGGAAACGAUUAUAUUUUAGUAAUAAACGAACGUUCUUAAGAAAAGACAAAAAAUA